AGAGAGAUGGCGUCAGCUAUAGUAAUCGGCGAGGGUAAACUGGCUGCAGUGUUAACCAAGAUUUUAUGCUCACAUGGGACUCCUGUAGCCUUAUUUGGUGCUACCAAAUCCACCAAAGAAUCCAUUGAAUCUAUGCUCCAGGACCAUGUAGAAAAGUCAUUUCCGCUGCAAUUUGUCGAUGAUCUCAAGCAUCAAAAAGAUAUGCUAUUUCGUCUGAUGGAGAAUCUUCGGAUGACAGACGAUGUCUCGCGCCUUUUUGGGGAAGUAAUCGUUGAUGCCACACAUGGCAAUACUCCCUUGGUUAGAGCAGUACGUAGGUUUGUGCCAGAUGCACCUGUGAUGAGUCUAGACGGAACAGCCACAGAUGAGAAGACAAUCGGGGUGCAUGUUUAUCAACCCUUUGACGUCACCAGAAUCAUGCAGGUAGUUACAUCGCCAAAAACCGACCCUGACUCAUUGGCUCGCGUACGAACACUACUCAAGAACGCGAAUGUAGUCGAACUGAACAAAGAGGAAGGAGUGAUGGCUGAAAAAGCUCUGGAUGAGUGGAGAAGUGAAGGCAGCGCUGCACUUCGUCUGCAGAAGCUGAUGAACAGUAUAGUGCCCAGUCGAAUGGUGAUAAAAAGCAACUAUUCUGUCAUGCACUGAUUUCAUUCCAGAUUCAUCUCAAAAGCUUGUCACAAGUUGUAUAUGUGGAUUGUCGCUUAGAAUCUGGCUGUAGCAAGAAAACUUGGAACUCCUUGCC